AUGCCUGGAGAGAACUUUUUCAAACUCACUGCAGCAGUUUCGGGGUCAAGGGCCAUCUCACAGGAGACUCCAAAACCUAUAGAUAACAAGGAUGAAGCGUGGGUUAAUCUUGAUGACCUAGUCAAAAUAUGGAUAUAUGGCACAAUCACUCAAAGCUUGCUCAACAUGAUCCUCAAAUCAGAUCAGGAACUCCAGACUCUUACUCUUGGAGAUCUCACAAUCUCUCAAUAUUGUGAACGCAUGAAGGCAAUCUCAAAUUUUCUCAACAAUAUUAGAUCUCCUGUCCUUGAGCCAACCUUUGUCGCAUACCUCAUAAAUGGCUUAUCACCAAAAUAUGACAACAUAACCACUGUUCUAUGCCAUCAAGACCCUCUACCAUACUUUCUCAAAUGUAGGUCAAUACUAUCUCUGGAGGAACGAACCUUAAAUCGAAACCGAACCACUCAACCUCUCCAUAUGGACCAUGCAUCUUCACCCAUUGCCCUUCUUUCUGAAGCCCUUCUACUCCCUAACCAUGUGCUCCAACCAACAACAACCUUGGAGGUUGUAGGCCCUCUCAACCUCAUCGUGGUGGCUCACAAACCAAAGACAUCCGCUGCCAUCAUGUUGUCGCCAUUCAACCACAACUGA